UGCAGCAGUCGCCAUUCCCCGGUGUUUGAAUCGUCAGGCUUCCAAGUUUUAAUAGUUAAAUGUCCCUGUGAUAUAUCUAACUGGCUGACUGACGGUGAUUUGGUCAGAAAUAACCCUCUGAAGUUUUAAUGUGUGUCGCUGAAAUUUGCUAUAAUAUCGAUGGACGUCAAAUGGGUGUGGAGUGCGUCCUUCACCAACUUGGGUUCGCAGAGUGUCGCUCCUUGUAUCUACGCCCUCACUGCUCCCUCUCCUCGUGCUGUGGGCGUGGCAGUGGUGAGCAUACAUUUUCCACGGCGAGCACAUCCCUCAGCUGUGUUCCUAUGGCCAUUCCUUAUCCGGCCAUGGCCGGGAGGUGCAUCGGGCUCCCCGUGUUCGGGAAGGUGGAGGUGCAGAGCCAGGUGUCGUCUUUCGUGACCCAAAGCAGCGGCGCCAUCAGGGACUCGUACAUCGCCCCCAAGGCCCAGGGCGCCGACGACAGCAAGGCGAAAGAGGCCGCUUCCAAGGAUGGCAGGAUCCUCUCCCGGCCGCCUCGCGUCCCGCUGGCUCUCACGCAGAACGUGUCAGCCCACACCUCGAGAAAAUCAGUGGACUCAGGAGCCCCCUUCCGCGUCGGGCACCGCGUCGACGUUCCCCCUGUCACGCGGAGGGUGAGCGGUUCCAGGACGCCCCAGCCCUACCAGCGGCGCAGAAGGGGCCAGGGAGCCAUCGACGAACACGUCCUGCAGGUUCCUGGACAGGAACACGUGGCAAGCUCCUUACCGCAGAAGGUCAUCUGGAAACGAAAUUACUGCCUCGCCGAGGACUACGAGGAGGAUGUCAUGAAGUGCAUGCUAGAAGUCGAGAGAAGACACCUGAGAACAAGAAGCUACCUUUCCACACACCCUUCUGUUAAUCAACGCACCAGAGCCAUUUUGGUGGACUGGCUCAUACAGGUCCAGAGUUACCUCGAGCUUUCCUCGGAGACCCUGUACCAAAGCAUCUCCGUGGUGGACCGGGUUUUAGAGGUCCGCUGUGUUCCGGUACAUAGGGUACAGCUGCUGGCCAUCACUGCUCUCCUCAUCGUCUCCAAGUUAGAGGAGAAGAGGCCGACGGAGACUUCUGACUUGCUCCAGCUGACUCUGAACUCUUACACACGGGCAGAACUCCUCUCUCUCGAACGCCAGGUGCUGAGUGUGCUGAAGUUCGAGCUGAGUUACGCUGACCAGGGUUCCUUCCUUAAUUAUUUCCUGUAUCUCACUUGCAAUAAUCAGGAUAACAUGGUCAUCGACUGCUCGGGUUUCCUGCUGGGGAUCGUCCUGGUGGAGGCGUGGCCCCUGGAGACACGCCCCUCGCUCCUGGCCGCCGCCGCUCUCUACGGCGCCCUCGUGCUCGUCCGCAGCUCCCUGGCCGCUACGGCGGUGUGCACGCUCAUGCCCGCCUUCUUCAGGUGGACCUUGAGGGGCGCCGAGAACAAGUAUUCAAGCCGGUCGCGCCACAACGCCCUGGCGAAGCACUCUCGCCUCAGCCCCGAGAACAUUCGUCUCGUGGUAGAGCAAGUCCGAAUGCGCGUCGUCGAACUUCGGGGCGAGAACACCGUCAUCAGGGACAGGCUCAGCGACGGCGGCGAGAAGAAGGAGGCGUCGGAGCCAGUUUGCAGCGCUCGGGACAAGUUCUCACUCGCCGACGCGUUCGUGGAUGGCAUGCGCGUUGGGGGAAUCCACGAACGGGGAGUGGAAAUGGAUCUCAUGUUGGAACUGAGAGAGAAGAACGGCGACGAAAAGCAAGGGGAGAGAGAGAUGGAUGUCGAUAUUUAAGAUAGAAGAGUAAAAAGAAAAAAAAAA